AUGGAAAACAUCAAUGUCAUGAUGGCAAAGGCAAGCACUUUGUCUUCCCACACUACUGGUGCAUCCAAGAAAACGGUCAAAUACAUGCAAGCUUCAUACGUCUAUUUAUUAAACAUUCUGGCUGUAUCUGUUCCCAUCUGCAUCGUUGGAUUAAUAGCUAAUGCAAUUGUCUUGUGCCUUUACUGCUGCAAGAUCAACAAGCCAAAGUUAGGCCCAUAUUUUUUGAGUAUGACCUUUACAAACCUUAUUAUAAUCUUGUGCAAUCUUGAAGUGGCUGCUUUUAUUCUUGCAGGAGUGGAAACAUCUUCUAUGGUUAAACAUCUAAUGGAGAUACUUCAUAUAUUUGCAUAUGACACAAAUUUAUACGUCACAACAUUUCUCACUGCUGACAGAUUCCUCAUUGUCUAUUUCCCAGUCUGGUGGCAACUUCACCGGACCAAGCAUUUCACGGUAAUGAUGUGUAUGGUUUUGUGGAUCAUUUCUGGCCUAGAGUCAAUGGUGGAAUUUUUUUCCUGCUAUGCAACGGUCAGUACUUGGGCUUAUAACACCUGUAGAACUGCAAGCUUGCUGGCACUCAUCAUUGAGAUCAUCAUUUUUUCCUCCUGCAUUUUCUGUUUCACUUUUGCCAUUUGGAUCAGAAUGCAAAGAUCACAGCAAAAUUAUCGAGCAAGACUUGACAUCACCAUUGUGGCCAUAGCAAUUCUUAUUCUUUUGCUUACUGUCCCAGUUAGAUUUGUUAAUAUUAUUUCAUUUUGGGUAAGCUCAAUAAAUUAUUAUAUGUUCACUAGCAUUAGUCUGUUACUGGAUUGUUGCGCCAGCAGCAGCAUUCCUUUUGUAUUCCUCAUUGUUGGAAGCUGGAACAGGCAGAAAGCCUUUGAACCCUUCUGUAUGUUUCUUGAGAGGGCUUUAAAGGAUACUGAAGACACAUCAGAGCCAACAGCAGCGGACCAGGAGCAGGCAUGA